GGGCUGGAGCUCUACCUGGAGCCGCUGCGGGACGCCGCCGACGGUGUCCGCUCCCUCCUCCGGUGGCAGCGGCCUGUGUGCUCCCUGCUGGUCUGCCUCGGCCUCAACUUGCUGCUGCUCACCCUCGGCCAAGCCGCCUGGUUCUCGGCGCUGGCGCUGCUGGUCGCGGUGCCGGCGCUGCUGGGUUACCUGCAGGAGACGUGCCGGGCGCGGCCCUCGGAGCCCGAGCUGGUGCGCAGGAGGUUCCACAGCGUCCGCAGGGAGGAUCUGCGCAAGGUGCAGCUCUCGCGGCAGGAGGCCAUCGCCCAGGUCAAGAGCUUCCUGAUCCAGCUGGAGGGGUUUCUGAACGGGAUGUGCUGCAGCUGUGAGGCAGUGUACCGUGUGCUGUACUGGGAGAACCCCACUGUCUCUUCCCAGUUUUAUGGGGCCCUACUGGGCACUAUCUGUGUCCUCUACCUGCUGCCCCUCUGCUGGGUCCUGGCCAUCCUCAACAGCACCCUCUUUCUGGGCAACACCCAGUUCUACCAAGUAAUAAUAGAGCUCAAGGCCUCCAUUGAGCAGUGUGUGGGCUCCAAACCCCUCGAGAGGACUCCAGAGCCUGCUGAACCCCUGCCACCAGCUGCUGCCCCAGAUCGGACCCCCACCCCCACCAGUGCAGAGGACCUUACCCCUGGCAGUGUGGAGGAAGCAGAGGAAGCAGAACCUGAUGAAGAGUUCAAAGAUGCUAUUGAGGAGAACCAGCUGCUGGUCAUGGAGGAUGACGAGAGCUCUCAGUGCUCGGCAGAUUUUGACCUCAGCCUCCCAGACAAUGGUUUUAUGAGCAAAAAUGAGGUGAUCCGCAGCAAGGUGUCACGGCUGACCGAGCGCCUGCGCAAGCGCUACCCCAGCAACAACUUUGGGAACUGCACGGGCUGUGCUGCCACCUUCUCUGUGCUCAAGAAGAGGCGGAGCUGCAGUAACUGUGGGAACAGCUUCUGCUCCAGGUGUUGUUCCUUCAAAGUCCCCAAGGCCGUGAUGGGAGCCACGGCCCCGGAGGCUCAGAAGGAGACAGUGUUUGUGUGUGCUCUCUGCAACCAGGUGCUCAUCAAGUGAUGAAACAGGCCCAGCCAGCUCCUGUGUCCUGCACUGCCUGAGACCUGGGACAGCAGGCAGGCACCCCUGCCACUGGGAGCCUGGACUGUUUGGAUCCCAGCAUGGCAUUCCCCUGCCAGAGGAUGCUUGCACUUGUGCUCCUCCUGCCAGCGCCAGGCUGGAUGGACCAGCCCUCCUUGCCAUGCACCAGCUGGGUCCCCGUGGUGGAGCACUGCCCAUGGCUGUGCCCGAUCCCUGCAGCUGCUCCAAGCCCUGGGUGCUCUCUGGCACUUGCUGUGCCCUGCCACGUGCUUGUCCAGGCCCUUUGGCCUGGCUUAGUGAUGGAAGAGCCAUCCUUCCUACUCGUGGUCCAGCCUUCACCUCCUGGAUGGGGCAGAACAACCUCAGGGCUCUGUCCCUAUCUUUCCCAGCACUGUGCUAUAAGUGACUGUAUUUUUGGGAUCAAGUCAGAGCUCCUCCUGCAUCCUUGGGGUUUAGACUAGCUAGAUUUUUCAUCCUAGCUCAGCGGAGACUCUGCUAGUCACUCCUGUGCUCCUCAGCCUCACCCCCUGCAGGUUUAGUCUUUUACCCCUGGAUUUGGCUGUAGCCCAGAAGAGAAAAGAGAAUGAGUUUGGGUUGGGCUGUGUGGUUGCCAGCGUGAGAAAAGGCAGGAGUUGGUGCUGCUCUGUGCACUUAGUGACUGCUGCUUUCUACUACAGAUUAAUAUAUAAUUACAUAUAGAGAAUGACCAAUAAAUCUCUUGUCCUCAGCUGGCUCUUGUGUCAUCCCAGUGAAAGCUGUCCCAGUCCCAGAUCACUCUGACACCUCCGUGGCCUUGGCUGUCCUGCAGGUUCUCCAGGAGAAACAGUGUUCCUGUGCCACCAGCUCCCCAUGCUUUACUGGAAUUCUCAUCUUCUGUACUGCUGUAGCCUUGUUUGCCCCCUGCUCAGAGCUGUGUGCAGCUGCCUGUCAGCUGUGCCAGGGCUGGAUCCUGCUGGGCUGGAGCCAGGGGGCACCUCAGCUCUGACAGGAGCUACUGAGCUUCCUCUGCCUCCCCGGGCUGCUCUUCCCCUGCCCUCCCGGGCGGUGGUCCCACCAGCUGCCUGUGUGCACAAGGAUGACCUUUCCUUGUGUGAACAGCAAAGCUCCCAGCUAUCCCAGGAAUGUGACCCUGGCUGCUGUGCAGCUGGGAGCAGCCGUGGCCUGGGUCCCUGCCAGCCAGCUGCAGCUUCCCCCAAGCCAGGGAAUCUGGGGGGCCAGUGCCCAGCAGGCUGUGACACCCACCAGUCUGAGAGUUGCUGGAGCCCAGACCUUGCUGCAGGCUCUGCAUCCCACCAGUGUGGGAGCUCCUGUGGGGCAGGCAGCCUAAACACUUCUUCACAUGGAAACUUGGAGAAAAGCUGGACUUGGCACUUGAUGAUGAGGGUGUCUGGCUUGUGCUGGGUGUGCAGGGGACUGGUGUGCAGAGGGCUGAGGAGUUAGUGGGGGCUGUAACGUUGGGGAGGGGGCUGUGUAGCACCCCAAGUGCUGUGGGUGUGUUAUGAGUGCCUGCAAUGGGAUUAUUACUGGCCUGGGAGGGGUCAGCUUGCUCAGACAGCUGACAGUGGGAGGCAGUGGAGCUGCUUGUAUUUCUAGAGAAAAUACUUGGAGCAAUGAGCCCUAUGGCCAUGUAUGUCUGAACACUCUCUGGGAAGAUGCUAAUGACACAGAAUACAGAGGGCUACAGAUAAACUUAGGCUGUGGGAGAUGGGGUUUUAUUUAUGCU